AGUAGAAUUGGGUAUAGAAGUAGAGAAUUGGAAGCUCUGAGUAUAGUGUCAUUUAUAUCUUUUUUAUAUUAUUUUAUCCAGUCAAGCAUCAUAGAAAUCUAAUUUUGAAUUAUUUAUUUGUGGGUGUAGUUUAUUAAACAGUAUUUUAAUCUUCUGUAUGAACAUUAUUUGGGUCAUGUAUGAGCUUCGUGAUAGGUAGGAUUAGUAAUAGGAUCGAAGUAUAGGUUACCUAUGUCAGGAUAUUUUCUUAGAAAUAGGGUUGUGAACACACUUCAAUCAGACACAAUGGCAACAAAUGAGAGCACCACAACAAAUUUCGAAAGCAGUGAGGGCAGCACAGACAACACCAUCGAGACCAGUGAGAGUCAGGAGCAAUAUUCACCGGAGAUGUUACCGAAUUCUGACGCAUUAAAUCAACCUGGUGACUCUCACGACGACCAAGAACAAAUUCCGAGUGAAAAAAGCUGUAAAGUAGGACUAUCAGGGAACGAAAUGGACAAGAUUUUCAACUUAUUAACAAGUAUGAGGGAAGAUAUGGGUGCCAGUUUCGAAGAAAGCCGGACAAGUAUGAGCAAGCAAUUCGAAGAAAACAGUAAGAAAUUGGAAGAAAACAGUAAGAAAUUGGAAGAGAAUAAGAAAGAAAUGAACGAAAAGUUAGAAAAGUUAAGUAGCAAUGUAGAACAGCUGGAGAGAAGAUUUGAGAAGAAAAUGGAGGAAAAAACUAAAGAGAUUUGUGGUGAGAUAGCAAUAAAAAUAACAGCAGUUGAGAAAAACGUCGAGAGAAUAGAUAAGAGACUUUCAACAGAGAUCGCAUCGGUGAGAAAGGAGCUAUCAGAGAAAUCAGGUGGAAUGGAUAGUGCAGCCUUUAAAAGAUUUGAGGAGCAGCUCGCGGAAUUUCACAGAGAGAAGGAAAGGAUGAAAACGGAAUUCGAGAAGGCCAGGACACAACCGAUUAUCGUCAACACCAGCUGUAGAGGAUUGGAUGAAGUGCCAAAAUUUGAGAAAUAUCUGGAGAAUCCUAUGCAAUUUUUGAUUAAGUUGAAAGAAUAUUUGCGGCGUAGUGGGAAAAGUAACUGGAGUGAGCAAUCAAGCAUCAUUGAAAAGUCAUUUGAUAGUCAACACUCAGCAUGGUGGAUGAUUAUUCAGGCUAGCAUUGACUCUUUAGAACAAUUUGAGGAGCGUUUCACUAAUAAAUUCUGGAGCCAACUCAUUCAGGAUUCAGUGCGAGAGAGAUUGAGAACCGGAAAAUUUAUUAGAGGGAGGAAGUUAAACGCAAGUGAGUACUUCAUAAAGCAGAUGCUCAUUGCAAGGAAUUUGACACCAGCACUCUCGGAUGAAGAAAUCAUAAUAAAACUAGUCAAACAUUAUGGAACUGGACUAGAAACAGCUAGAUUCAAUAGGAAUGUUAAGACAGUGCCCGAGAUGGAAAAACUAUUGGAAGAAUGGAGCUUGCAGAAUAUCGAUGUUGAGAAGAAUGAAUUAAGGGAGAAGCGAGAACAAAAAGAGAAGAAUGUAUGGGUACAAAGAGAAGAGAGAAAAAGUCCGCAAAUGAAAAGAAGAGAGCAGGAGAUUGGUAACGGACAGCAGCGUCGGGACAACAAUCUGACUUUCAACGACCAUAAGGGAAGAGAAGGAUUCAUUCGAGAGGGAAAAUGGAAUAGCGACCAGAAUGCUAAUUGGCAGAACACCAAUUCGUCAACAAAUGUGAAUUGGAGGAGGAGAGACGUGAAUCAGCCACAGCCACGCAGUCAGCCGAGUCCAACAGGAGAGAAAGGAGAAAAACGGUAUCAUAAACAUGAUAAUGCUAUAGAAGAGCUUCAUGAAGGAAAACAGAGUCAACAGUUUGAAGAAAGAAACCCACAAAUAAAGAGAGCACAAUAUGGAACGACGUGACAAUCCCCAGAACUAAUUAUAAAAUGGAGCAAUUUUCUAGUUGAGAAAGUAUGUAAAUAAUAUUAUAUAAUAAGUGCAUUAGUGUGAAUCGAUAGUAUUAAAGAAAUCAUAAUAAUGAGGAAAUGGACAGUAGCCUGUGAACAAUUAAUAAACAAUGAAGGGAGGACAACAAAUGACUCACAAGAAGGACAGAAUGAAAGUGUAAGGGCUAGCGUAGAAAGAGAAAGUGGUAACACCUGCGAAAUGAGCGAGCGACAUGAGAAGGAGUGAGAUGGAGAAUGUAUUCUUCACAGAGUAAACAAGCCAGUAAGCAUUGUGCGGAAUUCACACAAGGGGUGGAUUGAGUAGCCUUAUUGUGUGAAGGAUGCACCAUGCUGAAAAACUUAACUGUAAAUAUGUGUAGCUGGUAGUAUUAAUUGUACAGUACAGUAUGAUGAGGAAAGAUAGAAACAAACGAGACGGAAGAAAAUGGAGCAGCUGACUAAGUUGACAUUAUCAGAUUACGAGAGUCACUAGGCUAACGGCCAGUCAGAAUUCCACGUAACAUGCAGCAUCCAAUGAUCUGGUUGUACAGCGAUGGAGAACUACAGUGAUCUUCAAACUUCUAGACCGUCCAUAUGAACUCAUGUUGUGGUGUCUGAAGUGUGAGAACAUUAAUUUCAUCACGUAGUUUACUCUUAAUAACCAUCCUUUUAGUGUUAAUGUCGCAAAGACUAAACUCAUGUUUCAUUUAGUAUUUGCUCUUGAGAGGGGGGUUUUGAGCCACAAAUGGCGACCAUGUGCUCUCCUAAAAUUUAAAAAUUGUAGAUAUAUGUUAUUUGUUGCAACACGUGCUCUGAACAUAUUGUAUUUAGGAAUAUGAACGCUCGAAGAGCUAGAAUAAUAAGAAGAACCGUUUCUCGAAACUAUUGAGAAUGCAUUUGAAUAGCUUACCUAGCCAGAUGACUGGGGUUAUUAUUCUUUUCAAAGUAGUUUGAGACAAAAUCAUUCUUUCAUAGAAACGUAACAGUAUUCAAAUGUCAGUCACAGACACGUUUACUAUAGAAACCACAUGGCCCACUGUGCUUUGUGUCAACCCUUGUAUAAUACCUAUAGCAUAAGUUGA